CUUGGUACGCGCCCGCUCCAAGAUGAUGUUAUCCAAGGGCCGGUCUCCGCCCAGCAGUUAGCCCACAACUGCUCUGAUGUGGACCAGCUUCCAGUGAUGGACCACUUCCGUGUUCGUCGUGUUGGAACUCCCCCAGGGGCCAUUUCUUUUUACGCGCAUCGUGCGCGAGGACAAGGGAUGGAACCAGAGCAGUACGACGUCGAGAUGCAUGCGCAUGACGAGUGCCCGAACGUGAUCUGCCUCACGUCGCACAGCCACACGCCCGACAUGCCCGUUUGUGUUUAUGGCAGCCGUGUCGACGGCAAAGUCUUCUGGAAGGGACAGGCCAGAGACGCAAUCUAUUUCAUGUGGAACAGCACAGGCCCUGCGGGCGCAGGUGUUAACGCGUGUCCGCAAGCUCGUGUCUGGGUUCGCAGGGAUGGCUCCGACCUCCUCGACGUAGGAACGUUCAACAGCGUCACUAGCUCUAGCCACGAGGGCAUAGACUUUAGUUCCCCAGUGGAUGACGCCACGGCAGAAAGUGUAAGUAGUAGCUCCGCAGUCGUUGAAUCAGUAGGGUCGAGGUAUGAUCAAGCGAUAGCGUUUGAGUACUUACGUGACAUGAUUAGCACAGCAGAAGCUUAUAAAGACCGAGACUUCAUCGCGCGCCGCGUUGAAGCUAGUAGAGACCCGUCUUCUGGCGGUGGUCUUGUGUUUUCAGUUGAAGGUGAGCGCGGAGGAUUCUGUGUCUCUGAAGAGACCCUUUAUCGCUUCGCAGCGCUCGGCGGACCACACUCGGCCGAGCGUGUCACCCUCGCGCAAGAGGUAGUUUGGUCUGAAGGCCAGACUUCUGUAGGGUCAGACGCUUUGUUUAAUAACAUCCGCGACCUCGAUGAAAACUACUUAGCAGUCGAGGUCUCCCAGGACUCCCCCGCGCCGGAGAUCCCCGCAAAGUUUCUUGUGGGAGCGGCUGCGGGAAUGUCUAUGGGCCAGGUUGUGGGCGACUUCCGCACAAUUGGCCGUGGUGCGAUCGCAUUGGUCACAGGAGAAGACGUUGCCCCCUACGGGUAUGACACAGAGACAGUCCAUUGUCUCAGCGGCUCACUUCCACUAGACGUCGUUGAGGGCCGCAUGUGUCAAGCGUCUUCAACUAUCGACGCUGACAGCGAGAUCAUUCGGCUAUGGGAUCAGCACGAGAAGAAAGAGGUGGAGAAGGAAAUCCUUCAGACCAUCGGGGAGGUGGACAUAAUCAAGCAGAACUUGAAGACGACGAAGACUCGCCCAGAAAUAGAGUCUAAGUAUGUGCUUGCGGCUGAGCUGAUGUCUGGUAGGAUCCCUUCACCGGAAGAGAUUCUUGAAGAGUCUCGCCGCGCGUACUACAUAGGGAAGGAAGAUGGUCGCCGCCCUGUGCUGAUACUUGACAGAGUAAUGGUCAUGCUUGCCCGCUGGGAUACACCUGCUUCGCCGCCCGAGGGAUGGACUUCGGAUGAGAUUCGGGAGUUCGUCAUACAGCAUGACCUCUCCGCACUUGUUGAUACAGGUGAUCUCUCCGGCCCCGGUUUUGAUUUAGUUGGGUCUCUCUCAGUUCUAGACUCACAGGGUCCUGAGUGGUCAGACCUGGCUAACUCUAUUCGUAAGGAGCUCGGUUCAACCGGGGCACAGCUUCGGCAGCGUUUCGACAUGUGUCACGGAAGCAUCUGCAACGCAACACUCGCGGUAGCCGACGGCCCACGAGUGACUCUGCCGCAUCGUUUGUUUCCCCACCGUGUAGCAGGUUUUACCGGGUCAAGUAGUGAUCUGGAUCCAUAUGUAGUGCUGACUAAGUUUCUUGUCCGUGACAUGGUCACUGGUCGUUACCAUGUCACCCCGCCUCAGUGCCUCUACAACAUGAAGCCAUGGUGUAGAAACAAAGGCCAAAGUGGAUGCGUCGACAACCUUGGAGUCGCUUGGGGCAACCGCGACAUUAGUCUUGGCAGGAUGAGAUCGCUAGGGACUCGCAUAGAGUUUGACAUAGGUGGCACUACAGUCCAGAUUAGCAAACUAAUCACCUUCGGAGAGAGACUAUCUACUUUUGGUAGCAUCAGCCAGAGCAGUUCUUUCUUUGCUUUACAAGCAAAGAAAGACCCAGAAACAACAGACAGCAUCUCGUUAAAGAUAGGAGAGACUGUGACUAUCUCGGUACCCCUACCGUUUAUGAUAGGACUCGACGUCUUACUGUUCCUCCACAAGCGUGACAGCGACCGUGGCCUGAUUCUUACGAAAGACGGCAUAGAGGCGCCGAUAGUUACCGUAGUGACGUCCUCUCGUCGUUUAGUUUUACAAGUAGAAGCUACCAAGCCCUGA